GAUAAACCGGGAGUCUCUGUGGCCUUCUUUCCGCGAUUUUAACGGAGCUGUCGGAGCUCCGCGGGGUGAUCACGCCGGUCAUAUCUGUCAGUUUUACCGACGAGGAGCCGCUCCGCCACGGCCAGAGAGCCCAGAAGCUCCGUGUGUAUAUCCUGUCCUCGCUUUCCCUGACGAUGGUGUUGAGGGAGGUCCCAGCCGAAAACAUCGCCCGUCCUCUGGGCAGGAACGAAGUCAUCGGCCUCCUCUUCCGCCUGACCAUAUUCGGAGCUGUCACCUACUUCACCAUCAAGUGGAUGGUGGAUGCCAUCGACCCCACCAGGAAGCAGAAGGUGGAGGCUCAGAAACAGGCCGAGAAGUUGAUGCGUCAGAUCGGUGUUAAAAACGUGAAGCUUUCAGAGUACGAGAUGAGCAUCGCAGCUCACCUGGUCGACCCGCUGAGCAUGCAGAUCACCUGGAGGGACAUUGCAGGUCUGGAUGAGGUGAUCACAGAGUUAAAGGAGACGGUGAUCUUACCUGUUCAGAAGAGACACCUGUUCCAGGGAUCCAGGCUGCUGCAGCCUCCUAAAGGCGUGUUGCUGUACGGGCCCCCUGGCUGCGGAAAAACGCUGAUCGCUAAGGCGACGGCCAAGGAGGCGGGGUUUCGUUUCAUCAACCUGCAGCCGAGCACAUUGACGGACAAAUGGUACGGAGAGUCCCAGAAACUGGCUGCCGCCGUGUUCUCAUUGGCUGUUAAACUGCAGCCGUCGAUCAUCUUCAUCGACGAGAUAGACUCGUUCCUGAGGAGUCGCUCCAGCUCGGACCACGAAGCCACAGCCAUGAUGAAGGCUCAGUUCAUGAGUCUGUGGGACGGACUGGACACCGACCACCACUGCCAGGUGAUCAUAAUGGGAGCCACCAACCGUCCUCAGGAUCUGGACUCUGCUAUUCUGAGGAGGAUGCCCACCAGGUUCCACAUCAACCAGCCUAGUAUGAGGCAGAGAGAGCAGAUCCUCAAACUCAUCCUGGAGAACGAGAGUGUGGACUCCUCGGUUGACCUCGUCGACAUCGCAAAGGAAACGGACGGUUUCUCAGGAAGUGACCUCAGAGAGAUGUGUCGCGACGCCGCGCUGCUGUGCGUCCGGGACUUCGUCCACACUCAGAAUGACAGUUCAUCCGAGGACUUCAUUCGUCCGAUCCAUCAGUCCGACCUUCAGAAGGCGAUCAGUAAGAUGAAGAAAUCUAAAUCGGCGGGCGGACAUAGCGCCCUGCUACACGCCGCUCUGGACUGAAUACAGACACACACACACACACACACACACAGAUCACAUGAUGACCUCAGCCCAGCCUGCAGUCGCAGGUUCGAUUCCCGACCCGUUCACAAGCUCAGUGUGUACAUACUGACCUGCUGUCUCUACCUGUGUUUAAAUAUGUUCAACGUGUGCCACUGCUUUUUGUUUUCGUUGUUUUUUAUUUAAAUCUGCUGAUCAUGCUGCUGAUGAUCCUCUGACUAUCAGACACAAGAGAGAAAAAUAUGUCAAAGAAACUCUGGUUCGAGAACCAUCGUAUGAUCCAGAAAUUAAAGACACUUCAUUUCUGUAAAAUCAUAAAGAUGCAGCGUCACGAAGCUCGAGUCACAGAUUUCGAGGCGACAGAAUUCAUCGUUACACAUCCUCUUGUGCUUUACUGCUGGUUUCCACUGUCAAUAAACUCACAGUAGAUCAGUAAA